UCCACUUUUGCUCAAACAGAUCUCUCUCUCCCUCGCUCGCUCGCUCGCUUGCUCGAUCGAUCGCCCUGGCCUUGGUGGUUCAUGGAUAUUGAUCUCUGGUGGGCAAUUGGGGGGGUGGUUUCUUAUUCCAGUUUGCAUGGCAACAUUCAGAACAUCAUCGUCGUCGACAUCAACCUCUGAUCAAAUCUCCAUCAACUCAUCGAACCUUUACCUUGUCUUUCUCGGCCUUCUCUUCAUCGUCUUCCUCGUCCUCGUCCACUCUGAAAUUCCUCCAAACCCACCUUCCAUGGCCGCCACCCGGAGGCUCCAGUAUUCCCAUGCUUCUUCACCUGCUGCAUCUUCAACGAAUUCCCACCUCACGAAAACCCUAAAACCGCAGACUUCUUCUUCUUCUUCUUCUUCAACUCCAAGUCGCAGAGAGUUCGAAGGUGCUGCUCAUGCAGUUCCAAGCGGGCCAAACCCCAUUUCAAACAGGUGAGUAACUAAUAAAAGCUUCGGAUGCAGAGAGAGCUGUGAUGUGAUCAACCAGUAGAUUGAAGAUGGUUAUUAUGGGUGUUUAAAACAACCCUAAUUUUGUAUAAUUACUAAGAGAGAUUUUGUGGAGAGAAAGAAAUAUAAUGAGAUAUGGCUUUUAUCUGAUUUUUAUGGUUCAUAUGUACAAACAUAUUAUAGCUCAUCUUGUUUAGAAUUAUU